UGUGCAAAUAGGGAUGUCUCUUUGCUUUAAAUAAUUAGAGUAAUAGAGAAUAUCGCUAAUGGACAUCCUCAUCAUAUGCUUCAAGAGCAUUUAUACAUUCUUAGUAAGCAAUCUUUUGCUGUAGUUGAGUGUUCUGCAAAUCCUGGAUGAGUUUGAAUUCUUCCUAUUCAAGCCUGGUUACUCUAGCUUCUUUUUCAAGCCUCUUCUCAUUCUCCUUGAUGAUCUUGUCCAUGAGAGUCCUCUUGGCUUGCAGCUUCUUGUCUUCGAGAACCUGCACUUUCUUCUCCUGGGCCUCCUUCUGGGUGCUCCUGAGUAGCUCUUCUCUCCUUGGUACUCGAGCAUUUCCUUUUGGUCUUCCUUCUCUCAUUGAAAUGCUUGACAUCUUCUUGCACAUCGGUUUCAUGUUGGACCCUUUUGGCUUUGAUAUUCGACUGGAGAUGUUCCUUAAUCUGUUUUUUGAGCUGCUGGAGCUUUCUGUUUUCUUUCUCUGGUCUCGCUCCGGAGCAACUUUCUAGUUUUUCUUUCUCUGGUUGAUAAUCUGUUUGGCCUUCUUCUUGGUUUUGUCGAUCUUAUUUCCAGGCCUUUCCUUAUUCUAGCUUUAGGAGGGUUAUUUGGUUUGCUACUAACUUGAAAUCUUCUUCCCAUUUCUUUAUUCUUUUUAGAAAGGGCACUUUUUGUCAUUUUAUCCGAGGCUAGAGAUUUUUUGCCUGCAUUAGAGCUUAUAUUGGAGG